GCACUCACAUCCGGCAGCCUACUUACAUUGGGUUGCUACAGCAGCGCUAACAAUCUGUCAUGUGACGUUCCUACACAAGUAUUGUCAACUCGUCAGGCUAACACAGAUAAUCAAAGGUGGCGGGCGGAACGGGACAGCGUGCCGUUCAAUUGAACAUGGCAGACGACUUGAAGAGAUACCUGUAUAAACAACUCCCCAGUGUGGAGGGUCUCCAUGCCAUUGUGGUCACUGACAGAGAUGGUGUUCCGGUAAUCAAAGUUGCCAAUGACAACGCUCCAGAGUACGCCCUGCGGCCGGGCUUCCUGUCCACGUUUGCCCUGGCCACCGACCAGGGCAGCAAACUGGGCCUGUCCAAAAACAAGAGCAUCAUAUGCUACUACAACACCUAUCAGAUUGUGCAGUUUAAUCGUUUGCCCCUGGUCAUCAGCUUCAUCGCAAGCAGCAAUGCCAACACAGGGCUGAUCAUCAGUCUGGAAAAGGAGCUUGGUCCCCUGAUUGAAGAUCUGAGGCAAGUUGUGGAGGUUGCGUAAGAUGGAUCCCCACAAAAGCAGCCCCAUUAUUCCCAAUGCAUCUGCACAUCUGCAUUGGUUUAUGGACAGUACGCACAAAUGAAACUGUGGAGGACAUCAAUGGAGUUCUCUUUCUCCUGCGUACAUACACACAUGCACACACCCCAACACCAACAUGCACACACACACACCCCAACAUAAUCAUAUACACACACACACAAACAUGUGGGCUAUGGCCUCUAGUGUCUGUCUGAAAGUCUUUGAUGCUGUAUGUCUUUUUCCUUUUGAAUGUAACCUGCUCUGCUUGUGUUUUGUGUUCUUCUAAUAAUAAAAAGAUCUUCUUUUGGCGUA